CGGGCCUUGGACCAAAAGGUAAAUGGUGUAAUUAAUUCACCCGCAACUUUGCUUCAUUCAAAAACCACAAGUGGGCCGAGGCGCGGGACAUUUGCGUGUUUCCGGGCGGCCCUGCAGAGAUGGAUGAUUCAGGCGAUUUUUUUUCUCUGGAAACAAUUCACAGUCGUGUUGAAGAGCUUUCAGAGCUGCGAAGAAGUUGUAAGGGGAUUUGGGAGCAGUCGAGUGAUGAAUCGAAGGAGUUUUUAAAUGAGUGUUAUUCUGAUCUCAAGAAUAACAUCGACCAAUUUGAAUCAGAUUUUUUUGGCAUUGAUUUUGCUGGAAUAGAUGUUACAGAGGCAUGCUUAGAGCAUCUGAAUGAGGAACUCAACUUAAAGAAGUCUGAAAGUACUAGGAUCUCCAAUGAAGUUGAUGUCCUCAUUGGGACCUUUAUACAAGAGUCUGCUCAUCUAGGUGUCGAACUCGAUGAACUCAACAGUUUGUUGGAAUCUUGUUGUUUCCAGGGAGUAAGCAAGUUACAAGGUCCAAAGAGUAUGGAGUGCCCAAGCCAAGGAAAAAGUCAAGACAAUCCGAUGCUAGCAAAUGAAAACCACAACUUUGAGGUUUUGACACUUGAACACAAGACUCAGAAUUAUAAAACCAUCUUAAGAUCUUUGCUGAAUCUUGAUUCCAUGGUUGAAAGGCUUGAAGCCAUUCAGCAAGUUGAGGAUUUACUCUUUGGUGUUAAGGUCAUUGAGUUUGAGAAGAAUUGUAUUCGGUUGUCUUUGAAGACAUCCAUUCCAACUUCCUGGGACUCGUUAUGUUUCAUUGAGUCAUGUGUAACACCUCACGAAUUAUUAAUAGAACUUGAUGGGAUGUUUGAGCUGAAGGGUGUGGAGAUAUUUCCAAAUGAUGUAUAUAUAUGUGACAUUGUCAAUACUGCAUGGUCUCAAAGGAAUUCUGCUUUCUCUGCACCUAUGCUAGAUCUUAGCAAUCCGUUGGAGUGGCUGGUAAGGAGGGUACAACAGCGGAUAUUAUUGUGCACUCAAAGACGAUUAUUUUUGAAAGAUUUGAAUACAUCAAGGUACUUGUUUCGAUACUUAGACAAGGAAGACAUAAUUACUGCUCAAUUGAUGGGAAACAUUCACGCAUAUAUCAAGGUUCCUCAGAACUGGCCCUUAUCAAGUUGUUCUCUGAAGUUAAUCUCAAUCAAGUUUUCAGAUUCACACUCACUGGAAAAUUCAUUGGGAUUUCUUUGCAGAGUUGAGGAAUUGGCAAACUCCUUGGAUGUUGAAAGGAGGAAUCACCUUUUACGCUUUGUGGAGGCUAUUGAAGAGAUUCUCAAGCAACAAAUGUGUAUGGAGUUUAAAUCUAAUCAUAGUACUGGGUCAUAAACUGCUGGGAUGUCAAGCCAAGACCUCUGGUAGUUGUGUCAUCAUACCAUAUUCCUUUCAUGGUACAAUGCAUUGGCAUUCAUGUGUGUGUGUGUGUUUGUAUGUGUCUCUGUUCGUGUUUGGGUGUGUCUGUGUGUGCGUGAGAGAGAGAGAGAGAGAGAGAGAGAGAGA